AGUGGCGGCGCGGCCCCCGGCAUGGCGGCGGGCGCCAUGUUGAAGCACCGGCGGACGGCGCUGGAGCGCGUGGAGAAGUUCGUGUCCGCCGCGUACUUCACCGACUGCAACCUGCGGGGCAGGCUGUACGGCGCCAGCUGCCCGCCCGCGGCGCUCUCCUGCUUCCAGAGCCCGCUGCGCGUCCCCUACGGCGAGGCUGUGGGGCGGCGGUUCGGGCCGGCCGCCGUCGGGGACUCCUUCGGGCCCACGUGGGAGACCUGCUGGUUUAAGGUGGAGCUGAGCAUCCCCCCGGCGUGGGCAGGGCGGGAAGUGCACUUUGUUUGGGAGAGCGAUGGGGAAGGCAUGGUGUGGCGAGAUGGGCAGCCUGUACAGGGCUUGACUAAGGAAGGUGAGAAGACCAGCUACAUCCUGACAAGCUGCCUGAAGGAGUCGGAACCCCACAGCGUGACGCUGUACGUGGAGCUGGCCUGCAACGGCCUCUUCGGGGCUGGCAAGGGCACCAUGAUCGCCGCCCCGGACCCCGACAGGAGGUUCACUGUGAGCAAGGCUGAGCUCGUCGUCUUCAACAGGGAUGUCUAUGAGCUGCUGGUGGAUCUGGAAAUACUGCUGGACAUGGCCCAGCUCCUCGGGGAGGAAAACCAGCGGAGCUUCCAGGCGCUGUACGCUGCCAACCAGAUGGUGAACGUGUGCGACGUUACCGACCCCGCCACCUUCCCUGCUGCCCGCGACCUGGCGGCGGCCGUCUUCGGCCAGAGGAACGGCGAGAGCCAGCACACCAUCCACGCCAUGGGGCACUGCCACAUCGACUCCGCCUGGCUGUGGCCAUACGAGGAGACCAUCCGCAAAUGUGCUCGGAGCUGGGUCACGGUCAUCCGCCUGAUGGAGAGCGACCCCGAGCUCACCUUCGUGUGCUCCCAGGCGCAGCAGUUCGAGUGGGUGCGGAGCUGGUACCCGGGGCUCUACGCCCAGAUCCAGGACUACGUGGCAAAGGGGCGGUUCAUUCCUGUCGGCGGCACCUGGGUGGAAAUGGACGGGAACCUGCCCAGCGGGGAGGCCAUGGUGCGGCAGUUCCUCCAGGGCCAGCGGUUCUUCCGGGAGCAGUUUGGCCGGAUCUGCUCGGAGUUCUGGCUCCCGGACACGUUUGGGUACUCGGCCCAGCUGCCCCAGCUGAUGCGUGGCUGUGGGAUCGGGCGGUUCCUCACGCAGAAGCUCAGCUGGAACCUGGUGAACGCCUUCCCGCAUCACACCUUUUUCUGGGAAGGCAUCGAUGGUUCCCGAGUCCUGACCCAUUUCCCCCCUGGUGACUCCUAUGGGAUGCUUGGGCGAGUGGGGGAGAUGCUGAAAACGGUGAAGAACAACAAGGACAAAGGACGCGUGAACCACAGCGCUGUGCUCUUCGGCUUCGGAGACGGAGGAGGGGGCCCCACGCAGAAGAUGCUGGACAGGAUGAAGAGGAUGCGUGAUACAGACGGGCUGCCGAGGGUUCAGAUGUCCACUCCCGACCGGCUUUUCUCUGUCCUGGAGAAGGAGUCGGCGCAGCUGUGCACGUGGGUGGGCGAGCUCUUCCUCGAGCUGCACAACGGCACGUACACCACCCAGGCCCAGAUAAAGAAGGGGAAUCGGGAGUGCGAGCGAAUACUCCACGACGUGGAAGUUCUCAGCGCCUUGGCUCUGGCGCAGGACAGCUCGUUCCAGUACCCUGCCAGCCAGCUGCAGCGGCUCUGGAGGUUACUGCUGCUCAACCAGUUCCACGAUGUGCUGCCAGGCAGCUGUAUCCAGCUCGUGGUUGAGGAUGCCCUGCAAUACUACGCCGAGAUCCGCAGGGCUGGUGCUCGGCUGCAGGAGGAGGCUGUGCAGUCCUUAUGUGGGGACCUGCUGCAGCCCGAGUCCGGGCGUGCUGAGGGCACCCUCGUGCUGAACACUUUGCCCUGGGAACGGACCGAGGUGAUCUCCAGGGCCGGGCCAGCUGGAGCAGAGGUUUUAGCUCUGGUGACAGCCCCCAGCAUGGGGUACACGAUACUGAGGGAGCCGUCGCCACCCCCGCAGCCUGUGACAGUGGUGAAGCAGGAGGAUGGCUCCGUUACCAUGGAGAACGGGCUGAUUGCGGUCUGUCUGGAUGCGAUGGGCCGCCUGACUUCUCUUCGUCUGGCACACUCUGAGAGGGAGGCAGUUGCAGAUGGCUGCUGUGCCAACCAGUUUGCUCUCUUUGAUGACGUUCCCCUGUACUGGGAUGCCUGGGACGUGAUGGAUUACCACCUGGAAACCAGGAAGCCGGUGACAACGCUGCUGAAGCCUCUGGAAAUCACCCUGGCAGGGGGCCUGCGGGGAAGUGCAAGCUUCUCUCUGCGGGUUGGGAAGAGCAGCACCUUAACCCAGGAGAUUGUCCUGGAUGCCACGUGCCCGUACAUCCGCUUCCUGACCCAGGUCGAGUGGAAGGAAUCCCACAAGUUCCUGAAGGUGGAGUUCCCUGUGCAGGUCCGGAGCACGAACGCCACCUACGAGAUCCAGUUUGGGCACGUGCAGCGGCCAACGCACUGGAACACGUCGUGGGACUGGGCCCGAUUCGAGGUGUGGGCUCACAAGUGGAUGGAUCUCUCCGAGCACGGCUUCGGGGUGGCAGUGCUGAAUGACAGCAAGUACGGGGCGUCGGCACGCGGGAACGUCCUCAGCCUCUCGCUGCUGAGAGCACCCAAGUCCCCCGAUGCCACCGCCGAUAUCACGCAGCACCACUUCACGUACGCCGUGCUGCCUCACCAGGGUUCCUUCCAGGAUGCGGGUGUGAUCCGGUGCGCUUACAACCUGAAUUUCCCCCUCCACGCGGUCCCAGCCAGCUGUGCCCAGUGCCCAGCCUGGAGUGCCUUUUCCGUGAGCUCACCUGCCGUUGUUCUGGAGACUGUCAAGCAGGCCGAGGACAGGCCCGACGCGGUGGUGGUGCGGCUGUACGAGGCGCACGGCAGCACGGCUGGCACCUGGCUGCGGAGCUCCCUCCCCGUGAAGGAGGCAAUGCUCUGUGACCUCCUGGAGCAGCCGCUUGCCAAGGACCACCUGGCGCUGGAGCAGCAGGGCGUGAGGCUUUCCUUCAGGCCCUUCCAGGUGCUCUCCAUCCUCCUGGUUCUGAGGCAGUGAGGCCCUCGGUCACAUCUUGUGCCACAGCAAGCUGGACCAACGCUGGGAGCUCGACUCACGGCCCAAGGCUGCUGGGAGUGCUCCUUCUCCUGGAACUGAGCCUGCCCCCCCCCCGUGCCCUCUCCCUGGGCUGGGGAGGAACGAGGAGCGGGCGUUUUCACUGCCCCCAGGCCAGUGACGUUUCCCAAGAGCGGUUCCAGGGAAGAGCAGUCUUCCCCCCUUGCUGCCCCCACCCAGCUCAGGAAAAGAGUUGAGAACAGCUCCGUUUCCUCAGGAAAGGAGGAGUAAAGCUGCCCCCUGCCUGACCCGGGGGUUGGGGAGCAGCAGCUUUCUGUGCUGACCCCGUGUCACAGCCUUUGUCCUUUCCAGACCAAAGCAGCACCCAGCUGCAAGGUGGGAGCAAGCGUAAAAACACUACAGUUCUUCUUCUCCACAAAUAAGGGAAUUACGUAAAAACAUGUUUCAGCCUCUUACC